GUUGUUGGUUGUUUGCUACUUUGACUCUGGAUGUUUUAGUUGAUGUCCAUGACUUAAAACAUUCUGCUGAUAUAUGGGCUAGACUUCAGACUAGGUUCAUGCAUGCCAGUUUACCCCGGUGUAUGGAACUUAAACUAUUAUUGUCAAACAUGAAAAAGAAAGAACCCCAAUCUAUGGAAAGUUACUUGAGAGAUAUCAAGAAUUUAGUGGAUGCCCUUGCUGCAUUUAAUUCCCCUGUCUCGGACAAAGAGCUUCUGCAAUCUAUUUUGGUUGGCUUGGGACCGGAGUAUCGCUCUCUUGUUACUACUGUCUCCUUAUUUCCUGAGCAAUUUCCCUUUGACAUUUGCAUCAUCGUCUCUUGGAAGAGGAGCAACGUGUUUUGUAUGAGCGGCAACAGCAAAAUUCAGCCGGUCAUCAAGAAUUUGUAGCCGCUGCUGCAGGUGGGCAGCAGCCUGGAGGAUACCCGAACCGCGGCAGAGGAGCCCGUGGACGGGGUGGUCGCGGCAGAGGAGGCCGCGGGCGAGGCAGGGGACCGCCACAGUAGUAUGGGGCACAGCCGCAUCCUGGUUUUGCUCCUUAUGGACAGCAGCAGCCGGCUGGGGCCCAGCCACACCUCGCUGGGCAGCACGGGCAGCGGGGGCAGCAGGGGUACGGCUUUGGUCAGCAGGGGCAGCCAGCUUCGUUUCAGGGGGUGCUUCCUCCUCGGCCACACACUUCAGGUUUUUCAUCGGGUGAGGGUAUCCUUGGUUCUGUUCCACCACCCGUGGUCUGUCAAAUUUGUUUUUCUGCAGGUCACUAUGCUCUUCACUGUCCUUAUCGUUUUAGUCAGUCAUCUGCCCGAGCCCUUCUGACUUCCAAUAACGGUGAAUUAAAUACUGCUUUGUGGUAUCCUGACUCUGGAGCUUCGGCUCACAUGACUCCUUCGGAAGGUAUUUUAGUUAAUAAAUUACCUUAUACUGGAUCACUUUCUGUUAGUGUAGCUAAUGGCUCUAAACUUCCUAUUGUUAAUAUUGGAGAUGUGCAUUUAAAUUCUUCUACUCGUCCACUCACGUUGAAAUCUGUCUUUCAUGUGCCUCACAUAAAAUUUAAUUUAUUAUCUAUUCAAAAACUCUGUGCUCAUAACAACUGUGUUGUAAUUUUUGAUAAAAAUUUCUUUUUUGUUAAGGACAAAAUUUUAGGGAAGGUCCUUCUUCAAGCACCUAGUCAUGGUCAUCUCUAUCCAGUCAGACUCAGCCCCCGGCCUUCUCUUGCUUUGUCUUCUCUUACUUCGCCUGGCCCUGUUUGGCACUGUAGAUUAGGCCAUUAUGGCACUUCUAUUUUACGUAGUUUACAUAGUCAGAAACAUAUUUGUAGUAGCUCUAGUUUCUCUCAUGAUUGUAUUUCUUGCCGUUUAGACAAAUCUCAACGUUUACCCUUUACAGAUGCUAGUCAUAAUUCUACUAUGCCUUUACAAAUAAUUC